AUGAAGUCUCAUCGGUGCUAUGACCUGGUCCCUACCAGCUCCAAGUUGGUGGUGUUCGAUACUUCACUGCAGGCAAGACCACAUCCAGCUUUUAACUCUUUCCUGUCAAAUGAAUCUAGACCCAAGAUGCUGCUUUGUGUUUAUGUGUAUAACUGUGUUAAUCUCUCCGUAGGUAAAGAAGGCAUUUUUCGCUCUGGUGUCCAAUGGGGUGAGAGCAGCACCACUCUGGGACUGUAAGAAGCAGUGUUUUGUAGGUAAGAAGACAGUCCAUCAACUUCUGUUGCCUGGGCUUUUGGGAGAUUUCAAAAUGCACAAUGAGUAGAGUUGACUCUGUUCUCCUGCUGAUCUCUCACUGCAGGUAUGCUUACCAUCACAGACUUCAUCAACAUCCUCCAUCGCUACUACAAGUCUCCUUUGGUAAGGCCUGUCCUAGCUUUCAGCCUUCCCUUGUCUUCCACAGUUUCUACAUUUGCUUGUUUAUAGCAUACCCUAUCUCAAUUUCACAUUUUAAUCAUAUCAGUGUUGGUGGAGGUUGGAAAGGUGCGACAAGUGAUUUGCAGCACUUAUAUCCUAUCUAAUGAACAGUUGACCUUCAUGCCUCUCACUACCCUUGCUCUGUUAGUCAGCAUUUUCACCUGUUUUAAUGUUUCAGGUGCAGAUAUAUGAGCUGGAGGAGCACAAGAUAGAGACGUGGAGAGGUAAGAGCAUUCAUUAAGUGUUUAAUAAUAAGUGACUAAUCAUCUACUGGCAGAAGGCUAACUAGUGCCUAUUCUGUUCUCCUUCACCAUAGAAGUCUACCUUCAAGACUCCUUCAAGCCCCUAGUCAGCAUAUCCCCGAAUGAAAGGUAGGUCUACUGCCAUGGUGAGGGUUGUCUCUGAACAGUUGGUCCAAGCAGCCUGAGCUCAAUUCGGUUACUGACUGGCAUUGGUUGUCUGAAUGGGCCCUGAUACUGCCACAAAGGUGUUUUUAAUUUCCCCUUUCUCCCUCCCUGUUUCAGUCUGUAUGAUGCAGUGUCGUCUCUGCUGAAGAAUAAGAUCCACAGACUGCCUGUGAUCGACCCUCUGACAGGGAACACUCUCUACAUCCUCACUCACAAGAGGAUCCUCAAGUUCCUCAAGCUCUUUGUGAGUCUCUUUUGUGAUCUCUUUCACCACGUUUUAUCACCCGCUGUUCCUUGACAUCUCAAUGUCUCAUUCUCAGCAGUAAAGAAGGCAAGACAAGCAGUUCUAGGACUGUAGGCCUUGUUAAUGAAAUCCACACCCCAAUGUUUAUUGAUUCUGGAGUUAGGUAAAAUACUGUGUUUAAUUUCUGUGUGAUUUUUCAAGCCACUUACAUUAGUGGAACCUUGUGUGUUAUUAUUCCCAGAUAUCGGAGAUGCCGAAACCUGCUUUCUUAGGCCAGACUCUAGAGGAGCUGGGCAUCGGAACAUUCCAUAAGAUUGCAGUGGUGCGUUCUGACACACCUCUUUACACAGCACUGGGCAUCUUUGUGGAGCAGAGAGUGUCUGCCCUGCCUGUCGUCGAUGACAAUGGUGAAUAAGGGGGGACAGUUUGUUGAAUGAAGGGUUAAAUAUGAUUUCUGACCCUGCUAUGGUAUGUAGUACUCAUGUGCUCGUGUGUCUCUCUCUCACACACAGGACGAGUGGUGGACAUUUACUCCAAAUUUGAUGUCAUUGUAAGUACCGGACAGCUGUGCUACCAAUGAGCCAUAUUUAAACAGUAUAGUCACUGGUCAGCAGAAAAUAUUGUCGUUUUAGCUCAUUGUGGGUGUUUGAGAGAUGGGCAAAGAGAGGAAACAAAGACCGCAGGAGACAGUAACCAGAAUUGUCUGUAUCCUUGUGCGUUGAGUAUAUUAUAAAGGCAAGGAAUUCAAUGCAGACCAGAGUAAGGCUCUCCUGUUCUAGAUCAAUGGGUAUCUUAUCCAGUGGGCCAGCAGUAUACAGAGCCUGUGGGCUGUUAUCGACCAGCGGACUGACAGGUUUAUUAACCAUCAGCCUGGGGAAACGGGAGCACGUGGGCUCUCUGCACUGGACUCAAUUAACCUAUAGAUGACAGUAUGUGUCUGUCUUUGUGUGUUUUCAUCUCUGCUAUCCAAAUAUAGUACUGAACACAAGCAGCAUUGAGAAGUAAUAAUGUCCCCCACACAGAACCUAGCAGCAGAGAAGACGUACAACAACCUGGACGUGACUGUGACCAAAGCCCUGCAGCACCGCUCUCAGUAUUUUGAGGGAGUGCUCACCUGCAGUACACACGAUACGCUGGAGUCCAUCAUCAACAGACUGGUGGAGGCAGAGGUGAGAGAGAUGGAGACGCCUGUGUAUACAAAUUGUAUUACUGUUUGGGUCCACAGUUUAAACAGUUUCUUGGGAGUUAGUCAAUGUCAAUACAAGUAGUACAUACAAUCAUAAUGUAAAAUAUACACCAGUGCUGAGAUCUAACCUUGCCAUUACUAAGUCAACAUAACCUUACUUGAAGGUGGAAAAACUGAUAAAGCCUUUAGUUUGUGUAACCUAUGGUUUGUGUUUCUCUCUUCUCUCUCUCAGGUGCACAGGCUGGUGGUGGUUGAUGAGCAGGAGGUGGUGAAGGGGAUCGUCUCUCUCUCCGACAUCCUCCAGGCACUGGUGCUCACUAAUGGAGACGGAGACAAGGGUAAACACAAACCUGCUCUAUGCACUGACCUUGAUGAAUCAAAUGAAAACAAUGUGAAUGUCAUUACGUUUCAACUCAGUCCCUGGGAGGCAAUGUCUUACCUGUUCAUUGUUUUGUCGUUUUAAAGGAUUUAAAUAAUUUUCAAGGUGAACUAAAGAGAUUCAUCUGGUGUUUGUAUUUCAGGAACUGCUUGAGGGAGUGAUGAAGGGAGACUCCUCCAAAAAGAUGAGGAAGGAUAGAGAGGAGGAGGAUCCUGGAGGAGAGGAAGAAAGAGGAGUGAUGUGGGAGAGGGAAAGAUAGGAAUCUGUCAACAUAUUCCCUCCUGUACAAAUGUACGUCUUGAACACGAGGAUCUCGUUCUCUCUCUGCACAAAAAUGUGAAUUCCAUUGACUUUCUCAAUUCAGAAAUAUAGACACAUACAGUACCAAGCGACACUUUAAACCAAGCCAAAACCCAAGCAACAUAACAUACCCAAACAAGAAGCAGGACCAGGUUUGGCCAAUGGAGUGGAGCUUUAUGUCCAUUGUUCACUCUGGGCGGCCCAACACAACCUAGUCUCUCUCCUCUCGGUGCAGGUGGUGGACCUAUACAGUACAGGAAUGAUGUCUAAUUAUGUGAAGGGGAUCAAUUAUCCACUUCUCAGACAAAUCCAUUCCCUACCCGUUCUCUCACAUUUUGUCUGUAGAGACACUGGAGAGAGGAGUCUGUUACUUUCCACCCUGGCUCUUAACUGAGCAGCAUUCCUUUUCCCAUCAUCCUUAUAGGGCUGGAGUCUAUAAAGCACAACUAGCCAAUCAUGGAUCACAAGGUCAUGUAUGUCACAGAGGAACUAUAUAUAUUAGUACUGGAAGCUACCAUAGCAACUCCGCUGUUUUGGUUACAGUAGGUGAAGUCUGGAAUGUCCGAGAUGGAACUGCUGUAGAUGUCAUUAGUUUUAUUUCUUAUAUAUCGAUUCAAAACCACCGACUAUUUAUGUAAUUGCGUGUUGUUUCUGAUUUGGCAUAGCGUACAUUUCAGAAUGUUUUCUUAUUUCCUCUUCAGUUUGUAAAGUGCUCAUGUGAAUUGGAGUGUUUUUAUGGUUGUGUUCAGUGUGUCCUUGUUUGACUUGACACUCACAUUUUCUGACCAGAAGACUGGAGAAAUGGUUGUGGCAGUAACAUGAGUCUGUGUUUUUAGGGUUUGCUUAGCGUUGUUCCUCAAAAUCCUUCUAGAGCUAGAUGAGAUUAUUUUGCCUUUAAGUUUUACUCAUUUCCCAACAAGAUUUCUUUAGAAAGUUUUCAACAACAUGCAGUGUGAGCGUGUGGAUUGAUCAUGAUGGAUUCGGUCACUUUUGCUUGUGAACCAUUGCCUGUCUUAUGAUUGGAUAUUCUGAGUGCUUCUGAGAUAUUCAUCCUGAUUGUGUUGGGGGUAUAUCGUUGAAGCAGUAGACAUUUUGGACAGUCCCUUUUUUGUCAUGACUUUAUUCCAUUAUCACCUUGUUAUAGGAUUCCAUUUUAGCCAUUCAUUACUAAAAGUGAUUUCCUUGUCCUUUUUACAUUCUCAGAGGGCAAACCAUGUAUGAAAGGGACUUUCUUGGGCCAUUGACUCAGUACAUUUUCAAGGUAUGAAUAAGAUGUACAAGUAUGUAAAUGCAGUUUUUUCUACUAAUGUGAAUUGAAAUGGUAAUUUAAUGCAUGAGCAAUAAAUAUUGUUUCUCUUACAUGGUACUGGUUUUCUGUAGUGUUCUGUCGUUUGUUUUACAUAUGUACUUUUGAAUGUGUUUUGUCUUGGUGGAGCAGUAGGGUUGAUGUGUAACUGUGGGUGUAGGUCAGCUGGAGGAUGUGGGAAGAGCAGGAUGUGAUGCAACACAAACUUACGGUAAUGGGAUGACUGCUGUGUUGACCACACAUUUAUGUGAACAUGAAUCGGGAUAGACAUUAAACUAGAACUUUGCUUCUGAUUUGAAUGAGUGGUUGGAAGAUGCAUACACCAAGGCUCUAAUGGAAAUAGUUUUUGCAUUCGGUGUACAUACUGGUAUGUGUGAGUAAAAUAAACAGACA